AUGUCCGACAUUAAUGUUGUUAUCGAUUCAUUCAUUGAUAGAUUAAAAAGAAAACAGGUUGUUGGUUCUUACCAAGCAGCUUUGGAGACAUUACAGAUAUUAAUGCGAUAUGUCUCAGCAAUCAGAUGGACUUCAAUGGAUGAUCUAAUAGUGCAAAUAAAAAAGUUCGGAAAUAGCUUAGAAAAGGCACAUCCAUACGAAUAUACUUGUGGUAAUGUAGUGAGGCGUGUACUAUCUAUGAUUCGAGAUGAGAUUGAAGAGGAGCAAAACACAGCGGAACCAAUGAUAUCAUCCAUGUUUAACCUUUUACAGAAGCCAAUGACAGAUUCGAAAGUAAAAAAGACACAGGAUACUCGUGUUGAUGUCCGACAAACAAUCGUUCAAUCGAUACGUGAUCUCAUAGACGAGAUUAAGAACAUAGAUGAUGGUAUUCAACAAAUCGCUAUUGAGUUGAUUCACGAUAAAGAGAUUCUACUUACACCAACACCAGACUCGAAAACAGUGCUUCGUUUCUUAUUGAAGGCUAGAGAACGCCAUAACAGAAACUUCACGGUCCUAGUGACAGAAGGCUUUCCUAAUAACACUACCGUAGCUCAUGAAUUCGCUAAAAAGUUAAGUGAACAUGACAUCGAGACUAUUAUUAUACCUGAUUCAGCAGUGUUUGCUUUAAUGUCUCGUGUAGGUAAAGUUAUCUUAGGUGCUAAGACUGUCUUCACUAACGGAGGUACCAUAUCUUCAACAGCAGGCGUAUCUUCAGUUUGCGAAUGUGCCAGGGAGUUCAGAACGCCAGUUUUCGCAGUUGCUGGUCUCUACAAACUAUCUCCACUAUACCCAUUCGAUGUUGCAAAGAUGGUGGAGAUUGGAGGAUCGCAGCAUGUUCUACCGACAACAGAAAAUGAUAGGGUAGGAACUGUUGCGUUGGAAACAAUUAAUCCUAUAGCAGAUUAUAUCCCCCCUGAAAAUAUUGAUAUAUUCAUUACCAAUAUCGGUGGGUUCGCACCAAGCUUUAUUUACCGUGUGGUAUGGGAUAACUACAAACAAGAGGAUGUUAGCUUUGAAGAUAAGAUAUAA